GGCUUGUCUCUCAACGUUCAACAUCUACCAACACCGCACACUAUGGCUGCUGACGGUGCUGCAGCGAGGGUUGCUCUGGCUCUAACAUCAAAUACCGCCGCCACCGGUAUACAAGCGUCCUCACCAGCCCUGCGCAGCUGGCAGACGGAGCGUCCCCCUUCCACGCACCACUACAUCCUUGGAUGGGCGAUCACGGAUGAGAUGUGUCUUGCAUACUGUCGCCGCGGCUGCCCCACCGAUCUUCACGACGGCCAGGAACCCUUUAACGAGGCGCUGCACCUGAAGAGCCUGCGAGUCCUCGUUUGUGGCAUCCUCGCCCAUGUGUACAAUCUUCCGUGCGCCUCAUUCAAGCUGGUGUACGCUGAUCCGAAGCGCAGCAGGAGGUUGGGCAUCGCGUUGGUGCUGUCAGACAACCAGGGUUACUCUGAGGAGGAGCGAAGCUUGCCCGACCCCGCGCUUGUUGACGAGCUUAAGAAGGAGCUGGACACAGAGGACGAGCCACGAUGGCUACCGCGCGCCGAUUGACACAGUAAGUGCUUUUGAGACCGAUAGCGGGGAGGUAGGGCCGACUCUGGAAUGUAGCGUUUGCGGGCAAACAAGCCUAUGGCGUAUGCUCUGGCGAAAAAAUACCACGGUCGCGCUUUCACGCCGCGCGACCGCGCUUCGUCUU